AAUACAGUAUCAAGUUUCAGAUUUUUUGUAAACAAAGUUCACGUCAAAGCUCAAGUGUUUAUUUAUCAGCUGUUUAUUGGUUUACUUGAAAAUUUUGAUAUUGAGUGGUUAUAGGAGAUAACUUUUGUAAGAUUACGUGUCUGUAUUACCUACACUGUAAUAUCACAUAAUUUUUCUCGACCACUUCUAUCUAAUAUGGUUCGACAAGGUGUUCUUUCACCGGCUCAAUCCGGCGAAUUUAUCGCUCAACAUUCUCGCCAUGUGAAGAUACACGAAGAAGGUCUGGAUAAACUGUGUAAAGAGAUAGUGAAGUCUUGUUCCUCAAGCAAGCUGCAGAUUCCAGACACAGGAACAAAUAUAAUCCGUCCGAAUAAAGAUGAUCCUCAGGCAGCAGACUGGGUGUUUGUUGCUGAUGCCCUCAACUUUUGCUUCUGGUCUUACACUGGUGCUGAGAAAUGGACAGUGGAUGGACAGUCAGGAUAUUAUGCUUUAGAAGCAGCUCUGAGUAGAGCAAUUAAGGAGGGACAUGACAUUUCAAAUCCAGAGUAUUACUCCAAAAUAAGUGAGGAACAAUUAAGGCACAUCAUGAGAAGUGACAACAACACUCAAAUACCACUCUUUAAAGAAAGAAUAUCUAUACUACAUGAAGUUGGAAAAAUCCUUCUAGAGAAAUACAAUGGCACAUUCAUCACUUGUUUGAAAGAAGCAAAUAAGUCAGCGAAGAAAUUACUAGAAAUUGUUGUGGAGAAUUUCCCUUCAUUCAGAGACGAGGCAGUUUUUAACAAUCAGAAAGUAUCUCUAUAUAAAAGAGCUCAGAUUCUUAUUGCAGACUUAUGGAGCUUCUUUGAUGGUAAAGGCUUGGGGGAGUUCUAUGACAUUGAUACCAUUACUAUGUUUGCAGACUACAGAGUACCACAAGUGCUAGUUUAUUUCGGAGCAUUGAGUUACUCUGAAGAGUUGAUGCAGAAGCUAAUGAAAGAUGAGUUGCUACCAAGUGGUUCUGAUGAAGAAAUCGAGAUUCGAGGCUGCUCGAUCCACGCUGUAGAGCUUCUCAAAAAGAAAAUAAAGGAAGAAUUGAAUGGCCAAGAUUUUGAAGUGCCUAAUUCAAGUUUAAUUGACUACUAUUUGUGGUGCUAUAGGAGGAAGUAUGCUGCAGAAAUGGAAAUUAUACCAUUCCAUAAAACUUUAGGAAUAUAUUACUGACA